AUGGAUGUGGAGAAGGGUCACAGACAUUCCCGGGGUAUGAGCACCCUGGAAAUAGGUCUGAUAUUUAUCUUCGUAGCAAUGACCGGUGCCUGCAUCGGCCUUGUGGUCAUCUACUUUGUUGACAAAGCUGACUCUGAAACAGAAGGGCUGACCUUAGGGUGUGGGGCUCCUCAAGAGCUGUCUGGAGAGUCGGGCACCUUCACCAGCUCAAACUACCCCAGCAGCUACGACAGUGGCCAAAGCUGCGCUUGGCACAUCACCGUGGACCCUGAGAAGGUGAUCCAUUUGUGGUUUGAGGAGUUUGCCUUGGAGGACACCCAGCUCUGCACAGCAGACUUUAUCACACUGCAAGACUCAGUGGGAAUCAUCGGUAAAUACUGUGGCUACAAUAAACCGAACCCAGUGGUGUCGCUGACAAACCAGCUGACGGUCUACUUUGACACCAAUGACAGAAAAACAGACCGAGGAUUCAAGGCUCAUUACAAAGCUGUGGCUCCACAGCUCGCAUCAGAAAUAGCCGGAGCCGGCGGCUUUCUCCAAGGUGAUCAGGGGAAUCUGAUGACGCCCGGCUUCCCAGAGCAAAACUACCCGAACGGAGCGCUAUACCAGUGGAGAAUCACAGUGCCUGAAGAUGAAACGGUCCGACUGACAUUCACCUCUUUUGACCUGGUCCCUGAAGCCUGUGGAGACUUUGUUCAGGUCUAUGAUUACAACCACACCAGCCCUAGGUUAGCAGGUAAAUUAUGUGGCGGAACCAUGCCGAAGCCGCUGGAAAUCAGCAGCAACACGAUGGUGGUCCGCUUCAAAUCUGACAACAGUCUGACUUCAAAAGGAUUCAGUGCAACGUACACAAAGUCCAGCCUUCCUCCUGUUGUUACCACCACCACGACCGCACACCCCACACAAACCUUUCCACCUACCACAACUUCAGGACCUGGUGGCCCAGUAAUCCUUGAUGGACGUAAAGGAGUUCUUCAGUCAUCAGGUUUCCCAAAUCCAUAUCCUGCCCAUUUAAAUAAUUCCUGGGAGAUAUCUGUGUCCAAAGGAUUCAUGGUUAAGUUACAGAUCACUGACUUGGCCAUCACAGGACAGACUGGAAUGUGCAAAGAGGACAAACUGAUCAUCUCAGACAAAUACAGCACUCUAGGUACACACUGUGGCUACAUCCUUCCCCCAGUGGUGGUCAGCGCCAGUGACACGAUAUCUGUGACCUUCCAGUCUGACAGUCGCCUCACAGACCGCGGAUUCUCUGCCAAGUGGGAGGCUGUGUACCCUGAGGAUAUCACAGAAAUCACGCUGACAUUCACCCAUUUUGACCUCGAAGCAAAAGAUGCCCUAACGUCCACAUGCUAUGAUAACAUAAUGGUCUAUGACAUCAAUGGUCUGACUUCUGCACUGAUUCAAAGCUAUGGUCAGUUUUGUGGAACUACGCUGCCUGAUCCCAUCCAGACAAACGGCAACAGGCUGCUGAUUCGUUUCCAUACAGACUUGCUUACUGAAGCUAAAGGUUUCAGGGCCUAUUGGACAACAAACCCCAGCCUGCCUGCUCCAACUGAGCCACCUGUUCAGCCCAAUCCCUGGGACAACAUCAUCAUAGACUGGCCAAGCACAUGUGGGAAACCAGCCAUUCCUCCUGCUGUUGUGUCACGCAUUGUGAAUGGCGAGCCAGCCACACCGCACUCCUGGCCCUGGCAAGUGUCCAUGCAGGUCUGGCCGACCAGUCAGCCAGAACCCACAUUCUCCCAUACCUGCGGUGGUACUCUUAUUCAUAAGAACUGGGUACUUACAGCAGCUCACUGCUUUAUAAGAUACGCUGAUGAGCUGGAGCGUUGGCGCAUGUGCCUCGGCAAACACAACUUGACCUACACGGAGCCGAGUGAGCGAUGCUUCGGCAUAUCUGGUAUCUAUCGCCACGAGGGCUUCAAGUACCCCACAGUGCCCUCAGUGGAGUUUGACAUUGCCUUGGUCAGACUGGAUGGAGAGGUGACACCCACUGAUGAGAUAUCAUUUGCUUGCCUUCCAUCUGAAGAGGAAGCCCUACCUGAAGGAAAAAAGUGCUACGCCACCGGCUGGGGAGAUGAAACUGGUGAUUCAAUUAACCCUAAAGCUGCAGAAGCACUCAACCAGGUCGCCUUGCCUGUGGUGCCUUAUGACACCUGUAACAGGAUGGAUUACUGGUGGUUCCAGGUCAAGACCUCCAUGAUCUGCUGUGGUUAUACCCUGCCUGAUGAGCUCAAGUCUGUUUGUCAGGGGGAUUCAGGGGGACCCCUGGUUUGCCAGGAUAAAAUUGGCGAUCCAUGGGAAGUUCAUGGCAUAACUAGCUUUGGCCCUAUUGGAUGCAUUAUGAAUAAGAAGCCUUCUGUGUUCACCCGCUCUUCUGCCUACAUCCCGUGGAUAACAAAUGUCAUCCGCCGAGACCUCUACAAUGAGCACACAUCAGGCUGUGGGGGACCAAAGGAGUUGACUGGUACUGGUGGCACUCUGUCCUCUAUGGGUUACCCUGGCACCUACAGCAACACAGCCCAGUGCCAGUGGAAUAUUCAAGUGCCUGAAGGCAAAUUGGUUCACCUCCAUUUCCACAGUUUCUCUCUGGAGGAGAGUGAUUUGUGCCUAAACGACAAAGUCAGACUCUCAGACAAAACAGGAAGUCUGGGUACCCACUGCAGUCACGUGCCUCCUGCAGACAUGGUGAGUGAUGGGAAUACGCUUCACAUCAGUUUCUCCUCCAACGACAAAGUGGUUGACUCGGGCUUCACUGCCACCUGGAGGGCAGUAGACCCAACAGAAGUUCCAUGUGGAGGGACUUUCAGCAGUGAUCAGGGUGAAAUUACUUCUCCUAACUGGCCCAAUGACUACCAAGCACAGACUGUCUGCACGUGGCACAUCAACGUUCCUUCAUCAAGAAGUAUUCAUGUAGCCUUCACUCACUUUGAGCUGCAAGCUGUAAACCUGUUAGGAAAUUGUGUGGACUAUGUGGAGGUCAUCAAUGGUGAAACGAUGGCAUCACUCGGUCGAUUCUGCGGCUUUGCCCCUCCACCCCUCAUCAACAUCCCUAGUAACACAGUCGUCAUCCGCUUCCUUAGUAACGGAGCCAGCCAAGAGAAGGGUUUCCGUGGUUACUGGACUACUGACACCAGUAUCUUCCCAACUCUACCACCUCUCCCUAGUAAUCCAUGGGACAACAUCACCAUCAUCUGGCCAGAAAAUUGUGGAAACCCAGAGGUGAAACCUAGCACAGCCACUGUGAGAGUUGUAAAUGGUGUAGAGGCGAUCCCCCACUCCUGGCCCUGGCAAGUCUCUAUGCAGGCUUCACCGUUCUCUCCUAUACCUUAUAUGCAUGGCUGUGGAGGCUCUUUGAUUCAUGAAGAAUGGAUCCUGACUGCUGCUCACUGUUUCAUGUUCCCACUGAAUGUACCCUCCUUCUGGCGCAUGUGCCUGGGGAAGCACCACAUGAACUCCUCCAUGGACAUUCCCUCAGCUGAGGAAUGCUACAAGGUGGAUACCAUCAUUCGCCACAAAGGAUUUGUCUACGAGCAGGAUCCCAAUGACAUCACCAACGACAUAGCCCUGGUUCACUUGGCCAAACCUGUCAAUAUGAUAAGAGAGAUCAGCCCCAUCUGCUUGCCGAAACCCGGGGUCGUGAUGCCUGCUGGGACGCCGUGCUUUGUCACCGGCUGGGGAGACGAGAAGGGUAACCUGUUCCCCAAAGUGGCCGAGAAGCUUAAUCAGGCAGCGCUGCCUGUUAUCGACUUCGAAACCUGCAGUAAGCCUGCUUACUGGUGCGACACCCUCAGGCCCUCCAUGAUCUGUGCCGGCUACGAGUCCCCAGAUGAGCUCAAGUCAGCCUGUCAGGGUGACUCCGGCGGUCCCCUUGCCUGCACAGCUGCCACUGCUGCUGGAGGAACAAAUACAAUCUGGGAGGUGCACGGCAUCGUCAGCUUUGGAGCUCAGGGCUGCAUCAGAGACAAGAAACCAUCAGUGUUUACCCGCGUUUCCGCCUUUAGUGACUGGAUCGACAGCAACAUCAAGAAGUAUAUUUAUGAAAGCGGAAAAGCUUUGUAAAGCUGACAUCUUUAGGUAGAGAUUAUUCCAUGUUUAGAUUUAUUUUUUUCUCUUUAAAACCCCCUGAAUGUAACAAAUGCUGACCAGCAGCACCAACCUACAAGGUUGCCUUGCGUCCCGUAAAAUAAUUUAGUAAAUAACAUAUUGCUUGUACGUUUCUACAUA